AUGCGCUUCAUCAUCGAAGGCAACGGCGGGUUUACUGCGGUGCACGGUCGGCGCAUUCAGAUGCAGCAGGGCGAUGUGAUUCUCACGCCAACGUGGAACUACCACGACCAUGGGAAGGACGGCUCUGGCCCCAUGAUUUGGCUGGACGGGUUGGAUCUUCCAAACUUUCGGCACUUCCCAGUUCACUUUGUGCAGCAUUUCAAUGAGUCUCGGUACCCAGCGGAGGACGUGGACAGCGACGGAUCGCCCUUGGUUUUCCCCUGGAAGACCAUGAAAGCAUUGUUGGAUGAGGCUCCGGGAGAUUGGGCAGUGAAGAGAUACCUGCGGUCUGGGCAGCGAGAGGUGAGUCGCGUACUUGGAGGUUGUGCGGAGAGGCUACAUGGCGGGUGUGCAUCUGCUCCGCGCCGUGAAACAACAUCUGCAGUGUACCACGUCAUUUCAGGAAGUGGUCAUUCCGUAGUUGGAGAAGAGACUCUUGAGUGGACAAAGGGUGACACGUUCUGCGUGCCUUCUUGGUACAGAUACCAGCAUUACGCGGCCGCAGGGGAGACGGUGUACCUGUAUCGAUUUGAUGACAGACCCAUGAUUGAGGCGUUGGGAUUCUACCGCUCCGAGGAGACGGACGUCGAGUCGCUCGUCUCAGAUUGCCACCCACUCCCCGACCUAAAUUCCCCAAAAUCCCGCUUCCCGACAACACCCCGCCUCUGCCAACGGAGUCUUCCUCAAGAGGUUAUUGCCACACCAUACAAUAUUCCUCAAGCCGGCCGUAUGGAGUCGCGGCCCCGAGAGGAAUCUCCCCGCCCACCUCCAGCAGUCAAGCGCCGCCGGGUUGCUCUCGCCUGUGAUUCUUGCAGGCUCCGAAAAUCACGCUGCGAUAGUACUCGGCCUCAGUGCUCCUCGUGUAUCGAACUGGGCUUCGAAUGUGUCUACAGGCCCCCAGCGACCGCCACAAAUAUCAUUGUUCAAAAGGAUUACCUACAAUCCCUUGAGUCACGCGUUCAUCAACUGGAGGACUCGUUAUCAACCGUCAAGGAUGAUCUGAACCGGUUAUCGUCUCGUGUUUCUCAAGGGGGUGGUUCGGACACAAUCUCUUCAGAGCUUGACCAGCAUGCGCGGCAAAUCACUCCGCUCCGUGACCUUGCUGGCACAGAGGACUCGGUGGAUGCGAUGGGUACCAUUACUCUGGCAGACGAAGAAGAUUCUGGGUUCUUUGGGCCUUCAUCAAAUGUCGCGUUUACGCGUCACUUGUGCAGAGCCAUUGGGAGCUGUGCAACGCUUAACGGAGCUCCUACAGGGCUACUUGCAGAUACACCGGCGUAUGACGGCGGCUUUGUCAGUGCCUCCCGACCCCCUUCACCUCCUGGACCGAUCGAUAGCCUCCGGUUUGACCAGCGCGGAAAGGAUAUCUUCAAACUACCACCGCCAUCGGAGACCCUCAGCCUCAUCAAGCAGUAUUUCACCAACACCGGCCUUCUUUUCCCGUACAUACACCCCCCCACCUUUCUCCAGACCUACGAGGAGAUGGUACGGGACAACUUCAAAAGAGUGCGCCGGACGUGGCUUGGCCUAUUGAACAUUAUUUUGGCCAUGGUUACAAUCACAGCCAGUCCCUAUGAUGCUCCGGCCAAUACGAGGGUCACUGACUCUGACGUAUUCUACCAACGAAGUCUGGGGCUCUGUCGGGAUGAGAUUCUGCGUGGAACUACGCUAGAAGUCGUACAAUACCUACUCCUUAUGGGACAAUAUCUGCAAGGGACACAGAAGUCGGUCCAGGCGUGGACAGUGCAUGGUCUAGCCGUCAAGGCUGCUCUACAGCUGGGACUACACUCUAAAGAUGCUUCCCGGGCAUUUUCCCGUCUAGACAAAGAGACAAGGCUGCGCACGUGGUUUGGCUGUGUGCUGUUGGACAGAACCUUGAGUAUGACAUUUGGCCGCCCGGCCGCCAUUCCAAACAGCUAUGUUAAACUCGACCUGCCAGCCGGGGUUAUCUUGGUAGACGCGUCUACGGUAGUCGACGAUCAGACUUCUUCUCUCAGCCUAUCGUUAUAUAAUGCAACCAUAACGCUGUACAGUCAAAUUGCAAAAGCCAUUGAUCUCCUAUACGGCCAAAACGUAGGAUGUGACCCUCCAGCGAGCGUCAGCGAGAUAAUCGCACAUGUCUUUUCUCUCGAGCAGGAUCUCUUCUCCUGGGAAAGGUCGCUACCUGAUCCUCUGAGGUUAAUCAACCUCGAUCAGAUGCAAGAUCUCCGUAAUACCAUAACAUCAGAUUUCGACUUUGUCGCCCUCAGAUUCCGCAUUAUCCUCACACUUCGGUAUUCGAAUUUCCGCGUGCUUUUGCAUCGCCCAGUUCUCGUGAGGUUUAUAGAUUCGUGUGGCCGAUUGCAAUCGGAUCCACAACAGCUACAGCUACUACAACAGCUCGGCCUAAACAGCAUCCAGAUUUCGAUGGACUCCACCAUGCAGAUUAUUGACCUUAUACAUGACAUUGUUCAUCGCACCCACUACCAGCAUAAGCUUCUUGGCGCAUGGUGGUUUUCGCUCUACUAUACGUUCAAUGCCGCCCUCGUCAUACUCGGUAUACUCAUAGUCUGCCGUGAGGGAGGCAUGGCUGCUCAGUUUGUCGGCGCGGUGGCAGAUAAGAUCAGGAUGUAUCCCUUCCGUGCAGCUUUGGCUUUGUCCAAGCUCGAUAGCGGUAAUCGCAUGGUGAUUCGGUGCCGCGUUUACCUCGAGAGGCUUAUCAGCACCUCGGGUCUUUACAGUAUCGAAGAGCUUAGUUCAGGCAUUUCCAGUGGCUCAUCUCUAGAAUUUCCAUUCCCGCCUCCGGCUGACCUUGACAUCUCUCCAUUAGGGGUGGAAUUCGGAGAGUUUAUGCUUGAUGGGAACUUGUUUGCCUCGAUUAACCCGCCCGCCGCAUAGACUUGCGUCUGAAUCUUCGUCCGCACAACUGUAUACCGUGCUAUUAUCUAACCCAGUGGCCGAGCGUCGCGGGUUCGAAGUCAGGAGAGGCACAAGAAUAUAUAUUGUGGCUGCACCCCGAUUGAAUGGAAAGUGGGGGGAGAUAAGCGAGAUGUAGAAGCUCUCACAAUAUUCCAGCCGAGCGCAGUUCUGCACUUUGUAUAAUAGUCACGGCGUUUAGGUAUAACUUCUGCCGGCAGACGGAGACAAUGAAGAUCACCCAGCCAAUCGUAGCCUGGAGCCUAGGAUAGCCCGCGAGCCAGUUCAAGAUGGUCGACGGCAUGGGGCCUGGUCUGUUUUGGGUCGGCCUGCGUUGAGCAGCUCAGGCUCAAGCGCCGCUGGUCUUCUAGGUACCGCUGGUCUUCUAGGCAGGAGGAGGUUUGCAACCGGUGUUCUUAUACGGUCGAGGUUCGCCGCAUCUAGAGGUCAUCAGCCGUAUUACCUGAAUUUCAAGCCACUGCCGGGGAACGCAACUGGAAUGUGUGCCUGCAAGAUCUUGUUAAGAAAUCUAUUCCAGGGUCCUCAUUGGUUCUAGGUUCCCUUUUGGUGUUGAACAUUACACGGCAACAUUUUGGCC